AUGGAGCACGUGCUCGACUCGCUCGGGUGGCUGCUCAAGGAGGUGGACUCAUCCUUCCUCAUAUACCUGACGAUGCUGCCGUGGCUGCCGACCGAGGCAGUUUGGCCGCCCUGCUCCACGUUGCCGUCGUUCGGCCGGGCCUGCGACCUCUACCUGCGCGUCAGCAACCUACGGCGUCUGCUCGGGUGCCACGCCGCGUACCUCGCCCUGGAGAUGUCGGCAAACAGCAUGCUGGCCGGCGACCUCAGUGAGCGGGUCUCCAUAGAGAGAGGAGUGCCCUUCUGCACUGCGUCAGAGCACAUCCACACCGUGUACGAGUACCUGCAGGCAGAGUGCUCCAACCAGCAGCUGCAGGACUUGUUCCGGUACCAUCCCGCCGUGUUUGUGCCCGACACGACUCGGAGGGCAGGAGGCAGCAUUCAGAAUCUGGGGAGAGCGGGAGCGACGUCGGGGACGACGCCAUGCAGGGCUGCUUCCGCUACCUGCACGAGGUGUGCUGGCCCAACCCCACCUGGCUGUUUCUUCGCUACGCGUCGCUGCAGCAUGAGGUGUGCUGCCGCAGCUUUGGCUCUUCUACGGCCGCUGGAUCAACAUGGACGAUUUGUUCCUGCAGGCCAAGCCCGCUUGAGCUGCUGUACCGCUCUUGUUUUCAGAAGCGACCUGCCCACAACAACAACAACAAGCUGCUGCUUCCUCUGUCGCUUCCUCUGCAGAAUUUGUCUCAUGGAGCAAAGGUACUCGGCGCGGCUCGGUGCAAAAAGGCAUCAAUGCGACCGGUGUGCAUACAGCACGGAUUAUAUUGGCAAUUUGACACGGCACCAGAGAACUCACACAGGAGAGAAACCCUUUAAGUGCAGUGUGUGUGGGAAGGCGUUUUCACAUUCAUUUACUCUUGUAGAACACCAGAGAACUCACACGGGAGAGAAACCCUUCAAGUGCAGUGUGUGUGGGACGGCGUUUGCACAGUCAUCUACUUUUGUAGCACACCAGAGAAUUCACACGGGAGAGAAACCCUUCAAGUGCAGUGUGUGUGAGAAGACAUUUGCACAUUCAUCUGAGUUUGUAGCACACCAGAGACCUUACACAGGAGAGAAGCCCUUUAAGUGCAGUGUGUGUGGGAAGACGUAUGCACAUUCAUCUUCUCUUGUAAUACACCAGAGAACACACACGGGAGAGAAACCCUUCAAGUGCAGUGUGUGUGGGAUAGCGUUUGCACGUUCAUAUACUCUUGCAGAACACCAGAGAACACACACGGGAGAGAAACCCUUCAAGUGCAGUGUGUGUGGGAAGGCGUUUGCACUUUCAUCUACUCUUGUAGAACACCAGAGAACGCACAUGGGAGAGAAACCCUUCAAGUGCAGUGUGUGUGGGACGGCGUUUGCACAGUCAUCUACUUUUGUAGCACACCAGAGAACUCACACAGGAGAGAAACCCUUCAAGUGCAGUGUGUGUGAGAAGACAUUUGCACAUUCGUCUGAUUUUGUAGCACACCAGAGAACACACAAGCAUCAGAAGAUCCAUCAGGAGUGGAGUCUGAAAUCAGCUUGUGAAAGUCAAAGUGCUGCAAUGAGCCCAUCCCUCAUGAAACAAGAACCGGAAGAAAAUACCAGCUUGGACACUGUUAAAGGUAUCGAGGUGAAAUAUGAAGAGGUGAAGGUGAAAUGUGAAGAAGUGAUGGUGAAGAGCGAAGAAGUGAUGGUAAAAUGUGAACAUGAAGAUUCAAAUCCAAAAUCGGACCUUCACAUCGAUGGAGGCAACGUGAAGCAGGAGGAGAAUUCUGACUGUGAGGCAGAGCGAGGAAGCAUCUCCCUCUGGAGCAACUCCUUGUCUUUGAAAUAGGGAGCACACUCGGAUCAUUCAUCAGUUACAAGGCAUACCACUCAAAAGUUACACGUAGAGGAGAUACAUUCUCUACAACACGGAUUAUAAUUUUGUAUUACUUGUUGACGUAGAUUUUGUCGAAUUAGGACGAGAAAUGCUCCUUACUGAUUAAAGUCUGGAUGUUGACAACCAUGGGUUGAAGCAAGCCGGACCGCCUGCGGUGCCCUCUCACAACCAUUUACGGUCUUGGGCCAGGAAAGUCACGAAAAAAAUUGCACAUGAACGACGCAUCCACGCAAGCACCCGAUGCUCCGUUUUGAAGUUUUAAAAUGAAACAACUUUGAAUUGUAUUAUGUUUUGAAUUUGAUAAUUGUAUUUCUUAAUUAAAAUCGGAUAUCAUUUUACAUCUGGAAGACUUAAUUGAAAACGACAUUUC